UGUUCCUUGAAAGCAUGGUUGUAAACAUGGGGUCUGUUUCUGCUGGAAAAAAACGUGUAAAAGUUAGUAAAAAUAAAAAGAAAUCAUGGAGCAAGUUUUGUGACGUAAAAGAUGUUGAAGAAUAUUUAGAAGAGAAACGUUUUGAAGAAAGAAUUGGAGGAGCAGUAUCUGAGAAAACUGAUGCUGAACUGUUCUUUGUUCAGACUGGUACUGAAAAACCAGAUACUUCGAAGAAGCUAAAAAAGCCCUUGAAAUGUCAUCAGAAUAUUGGAGCUUUCUCUCAAGUGCAACCUCCUGUCACUUUGACUGUUAAUCGGUAUAGUAAAAGAAUCAAAAAAGCUUUGGACCGAACUAUUGAAAGGAAAGCUAAGCAAAUAUUACGAAAAGCUUCAGUUGAAAAACCAAAACGGGAGUCUGAAAAAAGUGUCUUAAAAGGAGAUUUAUUUAUUGGAGAACUUCAGGACAUAUGGAGUAAAGACAAAGAAGAUGUAGAUCCAGAAGUUGAAGACUUAGUACAGUAUCGUGAUGAAAUUACUAAGAAAAGAACUCCAAAGGUUCCGUGUCAUCGGUAUCAGAAACCAUCUCUUUUACCUCCAGUUGAAGUGCCACAUGCAGGAGCUUCAUAUAAUCCUUCUUUUGUUGAUCACCAAGAUCUUUUGCAAGAAGCUGUAAAGAUUGAAGAGAAAAAACAGAAAGAAGAAUUGCAUUUAAAAAGGGUUUUAACAGAUAUGUUUCCCACAAAGGCUGAAGCACCUACGCCUGAAUCCAUUUUAAAAGAAAUGUCGCAAGGUUUGUUUGAAGGGGAAGAUCCUGAAGAAGAAGUGUCAGAAUCAUUAUAUACAACAAGAAAUCCUCCAGUAAAGCCAGAAGAUCGCCUUCCUAAAUCUCGUAAAAGAAAAAGAAAAGAAUUAAAAGAACAAGCAAGGAAAUUGGCUGAAGAAAAACUUGCUAAAAAGAGAUUACAUGAGGUUUAUAGGAUUCGAAGUAUCAAGAGUGAAAUAAAAAAAGAAGAAAAACUAUCUGAUCAGAAACAUAAGAAAAAAAUUGAAAGAGAAAUAGAAAAGAUGUAUAAACCACGAGCCUUAAGCAAACAUAAAUAUGAGUCUCCAGAUGUAGAACUUAACCUAACUGAAGAAUUGACUGGCUCUUUACGAACUUUAAAGACUGAUGGUAAUUUGCUUGAAGACCGGUAUAAAAGUUUGCAACGAAGAAAUCUUAUAGAACCUAGAGUGAGACAAAAGAGAAAGAGAAAGUACAAGUUGAAGGUUCAAGUAAAGAGGAGCCAUAGAAAUUUUAAAUAACCAUCUAACAAAUAGUGUAUAAGAUGUAUAAAAUAAAGCCUUUGAAUUUAUUAUUAUCA